AUGGCAGCUAGUAAACCAAAAUAUCCACUGGGCUCUCCUCAAGAGCAUAUUGAAAUGUGUAAAACUCACGAUUUACGUAUUGAUAUGAUAUGUGAGGACUGUGAUAAAUUCAUCUGUGGUAAGUGUGCUAAAACAAAUCAUAAGGAACAUGAAUGGAGCACUAUACCCACGGCAGCUACCCAAAGGAGAAGAGGUCUGUUUGAUUUUCUAACCAAAAUCAAGGAGGAUCUGCCUGGAAUUGAUGAGAAAAUAGAGAAAAUUCCACGACAGAUCACAGAAAAUGGAGAUUUGUGUGAUGCUGAGAUUGAAAAGCUUCAGAAGCAAUAUGAAGAAAUAAUAGCCAUGUUAACAGAAAUAAGGAAAAAUAAUGAACAAAGACUGAUAGAUAAUUUGGAGGUGAAAAAUAAAAAGUUGAAUAAAGUGAAAUCUGAGCUAAACAAAAAGAAAAAGGAACUUAAAGAGAUGGUAAAAUUUAUGGAGGAUAACAAGAGUACCAUGUCGGAUUACGGCUUGAUUGACAACCACAGGGAACUGAGAAAAAUACUGGCUGGUCUUGAUGAUGUUAAUGAUAUAAACCUGUACGAAAUGUUCCGCCUGGAAUAUAGGGGAAAUUGA